AUGGCCCCCCCUACUCCCACCUCCACCCCUUUCGCCGCCAUGAGGAACUUUGGUGGUAUGGUGUCGUCUGCUCUUUCCUUCGGUGAUAGGUCUCGCCAAGUUUCCUCUCUUGGCCUCGGCACUCUUUCUCUGGGGGAACCGUCUGGCGCCGCCUCGCCUCCUCACUCUGCUUCUCCUCCCGCCAGUCCCUCCGCUGGGUCUUCCUCUGCUUCUCCUCCUCCUGGUUCUCCCUCUGCUUCUCCUCCUCCUGGUUCUCGCUCUGCUUCCCCUCCUGCCGGUUCUCGCUCUGCUUCCCCUCCUGCCGGUUCUCGCUCCGCUUCUCCUCCUGCCGCCACCCCUCGCCGCAUGACGCCCGCCUUUCGUCGUGGAGAAUCCCCGUCCUCCUCCGACCAGGAGCCGCUCAGUGGUUCAGAGUCGGACGAUCAGUCAGACUCCGAAGGAAAUGGGGGUGAUGAUGAUGAUGAGGAUGAUAGAAUCGUGUCGGAGGGUGAGACCGAGUUAGAGGAACACUCGGAUGAUGAUAUGGUGGCGGUUAGUGUAGAGGACAACGAUGGUGAUAGUCCCGAGUUCGUUCGCGUUUCCCCCCCUGCCCAAAUCGUGGGCCAGAAACGACCUCGUGCCCUCUCCUCCUCUUCCUCUUCUUCUUCUUCUUCUUCUUCUUCUUCUUCUUCCGGGGUUCUCCCCCCCGCCAACGCCAUCGCCGCCGCUGCCUCUGCUGCUGCUCGCCGCCCUGUUGCCGCUGCUCGUCCCGCCGUCGUUCCCUCCUCUUUAAAGAAAUCAAAAGGGAAAUCUAAAGAGAAGGAGGUUGCCUUCAAUGAUGGUGAUGUGGAAGGUGAAGAUACUCAGCGUGCUGGUCCCUCUGCUCCCCGGUUGUCCCUCGUCCACCCUCGUAUCUCCCUGGACGUCCGUAUUCCUGAGGACGAAAAGGAAUUCGCCACUUAUCGUUCUCUCGUCCUCGGUCUCACUACUCAGCUUGAGGCCGCCCGAAAUGAUACAUCUCUCCUGCUUGACUUCUCUUCUCGUCAAGCUAACGCUUUAAACAAUCUUACUGCGGCGUUAGUAGAUGUAGUCAACACUGGGGCUCUGGACGACGAAGCAAGGACAAGGUUAGCGGACGUCUCUCGCCGAAGCCUUACUGAGAUAGCCGAUGUUCGCCGAAGACUGUUCGACACCCCCUUCCUAGUCACUCCUAUGGCGUAUGAGCCACCACCGUCCCUUGACUGGUUAGGUCGCCGCAGUAGUUCUCGUGUCCCAGCUUCCGCCCAGACUGCUCUCGACCUCCUCAGUCUUCCCUUCGAGUGUCUACGGACCAUACGUUCUCUGUGGAGGACUCCGAGCAUGCAAGCUGCUCGAGAUGUCCAGGACUUUGGUGACUUCUUUGGGGCUAUGAAUCGGGCAUGGAAUGCUUCUCUCUCUACUGCGUUCCCGUCUGAGACUCUCGAUCUACCUUCGGUCAUCGGUAGCCUCCACACCAAUCCCGCGGGACCGAGUAGAUCGAAGGAGAAAGGAAAAGGAAAAGGUAAGGGUAAGAGUAAGGACAAGUGA